UGUAAACAGACUCCCGAGAAGAUUCCAGGAGAAGAUGGGGAUCAAGAAUCUGACGAAAUUGCUGGGUGAUCAUGCUCCGGGAUGCUGUAAGGAGCAGAAGGUCGAAAACUAUUUUGGCCGAAAAGUAGCUGUUGAUGCGUCCAUGCACAUCUACCAAUUUCUGGUUGUGGUGGGAAGGACUGGCGACCAAACCCUGACCAGCGAAUCAGGCGAUGUCACCAGUCACCUGCAGGGAAUGUUCUUCAGGACAGCAAAAAUGUUGGAAGUCGGCAUGAAGCCAGUGUAUGUCUUUGAUGGGAAGCCACCGGCCUUGAAAAAGGAGGAGCUGUCUAGGAGGGUGGAGAGGAGGGGUGAUGCAACGGAUUUGCUCACAGAAGCCAAGGAGACUGGUGCAGAUGCAGACAUUGAGAAAUACAGCAAGAGGACAGUGAGAGUGACGCCGCAGCACAAUGAGGAAUGCCGCAGACUGCUGCGCCUGAUGGGAGUGCCUGUCGUGGAAGCACCUUCAGAAGCAGAGGCGCAGUGCGCGCAGAUGUGCAAGGAAGGGCUGGUGUACGGGAUUGCAUCAGAAGACAUGGAUUCAUUGACAUUUGCAACUCCCAAGCUCAUACGGAAUCUCAUGAAGCCUCAGACGCAGAAUGUGCCAAUCAACGAAUACGAUUAUGACAAGGUGCUUGAGGGCUUGAAUCUGACCAGCGAUCAGUUUGUGGACCUGUGCAUUCUGUGUGGAUGCGACUACUGUGGCACGAUCAAGGGCAUUGGAGGCGUGACUGCUCUGAAGCUCAUCCAGAAGCACAAGCGGCUGGAGGAUGUGCUGGCCAGCAUGGAGGGCGGCCGCUACGAGAUUCCAGACCCCUUCCCCUUCGAGGAAGCACGCCGCCUGUUCAAGGAGCCGGAUGUCCUGAAGGGAGACAGCAUGCCUCAACUGAAGUGGACAACGGCUGAUGAGGAGGGCCUGGUGCAGUUUCUGGUUGGGGACAAGAGCUUCAACGAGGACAGAGUCAGGAAAGCGGUGCAGCGCGUGAAUGCGGCAAAGUCAAAGUCCACACAAGGACGAUUGGAGAGCUUCUUCGGCCCCGUAAGCAUCAAGACUUCCGACACAGGGAAGCGCAAGGAACCAGCCACAGGAAAGGGCAAGGGUCAAGCGGCGAAGAAGGGCAAGUCAGGUGUGGGCGUCAAGAAGAAGUGA